AUGGCCGCCGCAGGCCGCCGGCUCCUCUCCACCGCCGCGGCAGCGGCAGAGAAAACCGAGCUCCCCGUCCCUAUCGCCCGUCUUCGCCAGCUCGCCCGCGCUGGCCGCCUCGACGACAUCGAUGCGACCCUCGCGCCCCUGUUCCCCUCCCACCCCGUCGCCGCGCUCUCAGCCCUCUCCUCGGUGGGCUUCCCCGACCGCGCCUCCGCGCUGCUGGGCACCAUCACGUCGCCCACUACCGCGCACCUGAACUCGGUCCUCGGCCCACUCCUGCGCCGCCGCCGCCUGGCCGGGCUCGUGCCCUCCAUCCUCGCCGCGCAUGCCUCUAUCCCGCGGGACGCCGUCACGGACAGCAUCCUCGCCAAGUCGCUCUGCCUCACCUCCGGCGCCGACUCCGCGCUCCACCUCCUCCGGGAGCCUUCGUCGGGGGCACCGCCGUCGCUGCAGCUCUUCACAACCAUCAUCGACUCCUUCUACAAGCAGCGCCUCCCGCACCGCGCCGAGGAGCUGUGGCGCGCCAUGGUCCAGGACCACGGCAUCGCCCCCGACACCGCUGCCUACAACGCCCGGAUCACCUACAAGUCCGCUAACGGCACCGUGGAGGAGGUCAAGGAGCUGAUCCGCGUCAUGCGCGAGGAGGCCGGGUUCCGGCCGGAUCUCGUGUCCUACAACGCGCUCAUGCGGGCGAUGGCGCGGCACAACAGAGUCGAUGAGACGGUGGAGGUGUACCGCAGCCUGGAGGCCGGGGAGGAGGCGGACGUGGCGCCGGACUGCGCGACGUAUACUUGCGUGGUGGGCGCGCUGUGUGGCGCGGGGCGGUGGUCGGAGGCGGAGGACGUGUUCUACGCGGGAGUGAAGCGCCGGAAGGUGACCGACCUCGGAACGGUGCGUGUGCUGAUGCGCGGUCUCAAGGACGCUGGCAAGGGGCGAGCGGCGAGGCGGGUGGUGGUCGGUCUGCGCAAGAAGUUCCCCGAGCAGUUCGACGGGCCGUGGAGGGGCCUUGAGGAGGCGGCCGGGCUGAACUCCUCCGGGAAGGAGGAGGAUGAUGUGGAAGACGGAGCCGACGAGAAGCCGGUGACAAGUGCCGCCGCGGCGUGA